AUGGCAGUAUCAUAUCGAUCUUCAACUUACGGCGUACUCCACUACCAUCCGCCUCAUCCGCUCAUCGAAGAUCCCGGUAAACCCGCACAGCUUUUCCGGCCUCGACGACGCUCUCCUGGCCGUAUCGUCGUAAAGCCACUCUCGGGGAGCGAGGGAGAACAGACGAAGGUAUCAUACACAGCUCCGGACAAGCCGAGUAGGCUCAAGUCGUUCAAGCUGGCUGCCACACGCGAGAACGCUCGGCGGUUCCUCAAGUCAGUGAUAGCUGCGCCUUUGGCCAGCACACCUGACAACACACCAGCAAACAAUCAGAAGAAGAGAAGGUCUUGGUCGCCGACAAAGCGGAAUAACUCGACGGACGACAGCAACUCGGCGGCGGGCGAAACAGCAACGAUGAGGAGUGGUAUAAGAAACUCAAUCAGCUCGCCGAUGAACCAGCAUUUGCAACGGCCACGAUUACAUAGCGAUGCACGAAAUGAUUCUGGCACUUCCGGCAACAAUGCAAGCAAUGGUAAUCCUCCUUCACGUCUAGAGACCACGAGCAGCAUCGACACCAACGUCAUCCCAAACAUGGACAUGUCAGAUGACAAGCCGAUCGCAUCCGGGAACGGUGUGAGUAUGGCCAUACAUCUUGCCGAACCAGUGCUGUUCUUGCAAGGAUUUGAGAACACCGAGAGCUCGCCAGGUAAUACUGCUAUGCUUCGAGGUAGCCUACAUCUGCGGGUACAGAAAGCUGCGAAGGUUAAGGCGGUGACCUUGAAAUUCAAAGGCAAAGCUAUUACGAAAUGGCCUGAGGGCAUCCCACCCCGAAAGGUCGAGUUCGAUGAGCAAGAUACGAUUAUGAGCCACACAUGGCCAUUCUUCAAUGCACAGUUCGAGAGUGCCGAAAAGGGUACGAACGCCGACCACGUGCAACUAUUCCAAGGAGGUGAUGCUUCUGCUGGUGCUAGUCGGACCGACCCUCUUGGACGCUCAACGCCUCAUAGCUCGCAAGUGAAUCUAUCUUCGAAAGAGGCCAAGAAGCUCGCCUUACAAGUCAACCAAUCUCGAAGUUUUGGUAAGGGAGAUGCAAUGCCAGGUGCGCCAUCUGUGGCUGCAAAGGGUUAUCGGACCUUCUUACCUGGCGACUACAUCUAUAAUUUCGAGCUUCCGCUGGACAGCCGGCUGCCCGAGACAAUAGACGUGGAGCUGGGAUCUGUGAAGUAUGAGCUGGAAGCUGAGGUCACGCGAUCCGGUGCUUUCCGCGCAAACUUAGUUGGCACUAAAGAGGUGACACUCAUCCGAGCACCAGCGGAAGGAUCGCUAGAGCAAGUGGAGCCCAUUGCUAUCAGCAGGAAUUGGGAAGACCAGCUGCACUAUGACAUUGUGAUUUCGGGGAAGAGUUUCCCACUCGGCUCGCAGGUCCCGAUUGCGUUCAAGCUUACGCCUCUUGCGAAAGUGCAGUGUCAUAGGAUUAAGGUGUUGGUGACGGAGAAUAUCGAGUACUUUUGCAGUAACAAGCGGGUCCACCGUAUGGAGCCGACGAGGAAAGUGCAGUUGUUUGAGAAGCGAGCGGAUGGUCCACCUGUUAGCACGUUCCCUGGCAGUACGAUGCGCGUGACAGCGGGCGGUGGCAUUCCUUACGAUGCGCGAGCACGAGCUGCACGAGGUGAAGAUGUCACGCCGUCAGAUACCACAAAUCUGCUUGGCAAUCUCGAAGGCGACACGAAUAUCGGACCUACCGAGAUGGAAUUCAACGUGCAAUUACCCAGCUGUCACAACAUGAAGGAACGAGAACGGAGCCAGCGACUGCAUUUCGACACGACGUAUCAGAAUAUCCAAGUACAUCACUGGAUCAAGAUUGUCAUGCGAUUAUCGAAGCCUGAUGCCAACGAUCCUACCAAACGACGACACUUCGAGAUCUCGAUCGACUCGCCCUUCCAUAUACUUUCAUGCCGGGCAACGCAAGCGAACAUUUCACUUCCAGCAUACAGCUCGCCACAGCAAGGCAGUGGAAACGCAUCACUAUUCGACUGUGGAUGUCCAGGCGCAGCACGAAGGCGAAACUCCCAUACAUCAUUCGUACCCACUCUCAACGCUCUCAACUUCGCGCGAACAGGGCAGGGCGAGCAUGACCAGCGACCAGCAACUCCCACAUCUCAAACGCCCGGCCUGGCAAGACCACAACAAGCACACGUCCACGGCCAAGCAACUAACCACGAACGACCAAUACAUCUCCUCCGCGCUCCAUCCUUCAACCCUCCGGCUUUCGAGGACGAAGCACCGCCGCCUCCUCUGAUCACACCACCACCACAAUAUGACGAUAUAGCCAGUCCGACUCAUGGACUGGCAGAUUACUUUUCGCGUCUGGCUGACGCUUAUGAUUCUGAUGAAGGCGAGGACAAUCCACGAUCGGGACGUGUAAAUGUCCCACUUACGCCUGGCGGACGCAUCAACAGGAGUAUGGAUAUUCGACGGGACUGGGUGCCGGUUGGUGGGCGCUGA